AUGAAGACAUCAAUUCCGUCGGACGUUUGGGAGAAGAAAAAAGCUUUGAUUGCCAAACUCUACAAAGAUGAAGAAUGGCCCCUCAAACAAGUCAUCAAGAAGAUUCGCUCAGAUAGUUUUAACCCAAGACUGAAGAAGUGGCGUGUCACAAAGCCUUCUCGUCAAACACGAAAGAAAUCCCCCGAUGGCCAGUCAAAGAGCUCUGGUGACGAGAGCGGAAACGAAGGCUCUUCUCCAAAGGCACAAACAUCAUCGAACUCUCCCAGGACUCCGUCACAGCCUAUCCAGCAACGAGAUGUCAAACCGGCGGCGUAUGCCAAAAUCCCGGCUCCAGUUCUUUUCGAUAACCAGAGUCUGUCCGAGACAUGGGCUCUUCCGGCUGGGCAACAGCCAUCACCAUGCCCGUCAGAACAAUAUGGCUCUCCCAAUGGCUCUCCUGCCGUAUCACACCCCCAUCCCUAUGAUGCAGUGUUUGUCAGUCAGACACCAGCAAUGACACAUGCUUAUAACGGCGCUCCCUUUGCGGUCACCGAUGCUGGUAUGCAGGAGCCAGUAUCGAGCACAGCGACAACGGUUCCAAUGCAGUGGCCUCUCCUCCUGGUGCAGUGGCUCAACCUUCACCGAUGCACUUCUAUUCUUCUGCUUCCCAAAGGCCCCCAUCAACACAUUCUAUAG